AUGCGUGUUCACCCUUGGUCGCGAUCUCAGGCCUCGUCUCAAUCAUGGCCGACCUUGGUAUGGCUGAUGGUUCUCUGCGCCACCCUCGGCCAGGCAAUGACUAAGUCUGAGGUCGAUGCCUUGAGAAAGGAAACACGCUCUGUCUUUUACCAUGGUCUUACCAACUAUCGCCAGUUCGCCUACCCGGACGACGAAUUGCGACCGCUCUCGUGCUCACCCUUAACACGCGACCGUGCCAAUCCUGCCCAUAUCGAGGUCAAUGAUGUUCUGGGCAACUACUCGCUUUCCGUUGUAGACAGUUUGUCGACUCUUGCCAUUCUCGCUUCUGAUCCCGUGUCCGACGCCGACGAUUACAACGCUCUGCAUGACUUCCAACAUUAUAUCGGCUUGGUGGUAGAAGAGUAUGGAGAUGGCUCGUCUGGUCCUGCUGGUCAGGGUCGCCGUGCAAGAGGCUUUGAUUUGGACAGCAAAGUUCAAGUCUUUGAAACUACAAUUCGUGGCUUGGGCGGCCUGCUGAGUGCUCAUCUUNUUGCCAUUGGUGAAUUGCCUAUUCGCGGCUACGAACCUGAUAUCAGAGAAGAUGGGAUUCACUGGCCGAACGGCUUCGUCUACGAUGGACAGUUGUUGCGGCUUGCUCAGGAUCUGGGCGAGCGACUUCUGCCCGCCUUCCACACUCCGACUGGACUCCCUUAUCCCAGGGUGAAUCUCCGCUACGGAACUCCUUUCUACGAGAACUCGCCUCUGAAUAAUGAUCCAGAGCAUGGACAGUGUCACAAAACGCAGAAACCAAAGGCAUCUCGUGAGAUUACAGAAACUUGCAGUGCUGGCGCUGGUAGUCUCGUGCUUGAGUUUACCACUCUGUCCCGUCUGACUAAUGAUGAUCGUUUCGAACGUCUGGCUAAACGUGCUUUCUGGGCUGUAUGGGAACGACGCAGUGCUUCUGGUCUGAUCGGUGCUGGCAUUGAUGCAGAGACUGGCGCCUGGGUUGGUCCUUGGACUGGUAUUGGAGCUGGCAUUGACAGUUUCUUCGAAUAUGCUUUCAAGUCGCACGUCUUGCUGUCUGCUCUGGAAGGCGAAUCGUACAAUGUAACUGAAGAUUCUCCAGACGCCUUCUUGCAAACCUGGAAAGAUGCACAUGCUGCCAUCAUGCGACACGUUUAUCGCGACGCCUACUUCACGCAUCCACAUUACGCCCAGAACGAUCUCUACACAGGCGGGCCACGACUUACUUGGAUAGACAGUCUGAGUGCUUACUAUCCUGGUCUGCUGGUCCUUGCUGGUGAACUGGACGAGGCCAUCACUGCUCAUCUUCUGUACACUGCUCUGUGGUCGAGAUACGGUGCUCUGCCUGAAAGGUGGGAUGCAACAACUGGCGCUAUUCACGGUGGAUUGAGAUGGUGGGGAGGUCGACCGGAAUUUAUCGAAUCUACAUGGUAUCUCUACCACGCUACGAAAGAUCCUUGGUAUCUUCAUAUCGGCGAGAUGGCAUUGCGCGACAUCAAACGCAGAUGCUACACUAGAUGUGGCUGGGCUGGUCUGCAGGAUGUCCGAACAGGCGAGCAAACCGAUCGAAUGGAGAGUUUCUUCCUGGGCGAAACUGCAAAGUACAUGUAUUUGUUGUUUGACCCGGAUCAUCCUCUUAACACGAUCGACGCACCUUGGGUCUUUACGACGGAAGGUCAUCCACUGAUCAUCCCAAAAGCCAACAGGACAAGCACAAGGCAACAUCACAACCGAAAGGAGACUCAGAUUAACACCGUGCCGAAACCUCAAGCGGAGCAGUGCCCACUCCCUCCGGCCUUGCUUCCUUUAACGGUUUCAUCAACUGCUGCCAGAUCAGACAUCUUCCAUGCCGCUUCUCUGGCUCGACUUCAUCUCAUGCCCAUUGGAAACAAGCCUGGUGCUCCAUCAUUAGACUGGGCUUCUGAUCACCCCAGUGUGACUAUGCUCGGGCCUGAGUCUCCAACCAAUUUCACUUUUUACCCCUGGACUCUGCCUCUCAAUCUGGUUCCUACAGAUGGCUUUAGCACUAAAUUGUCCAACAAACCAACCUUUGAUCUCACUUUUCCCACUACAGCUGGUACUGGUCUCGAGAUCGGAACACUUCAGAAGAUUGAUGGAGGUGUUCUUGUUAAUUCAAUAUCCGGAUUGAGAUUCGGCAUGGUGUUAGAAUCACCGGCACCAGAAGAGCACGAGUACAGAAUCUACACUCUCGGCAAUUUUGCGCUUGGGCGUGACGAGCACAUUGCAUUGAGUCGGGAUACAUUGUCACAGAUCAACCCGACAGAUCCACACUUUACGCGAAUGCGCGAUGUCGAAGCAAUGGAUCUGAUCAUUGAUGUACCACAUCCUGCGGAACCUGACGUCGAGGCUUUCGCGUACAACAAUACUGCGUUGACUGACCACGUCUUCGAUUUCAGCCUCGACAUCGAUCUGGAUGCGUUAGAUGCCACCUCUAGUCCAGGUGACAUGGUUCUGGAUUCUUUGCCCAAAGCUCUUUUCGCCGACGUCCAUCGUCUCGCAGAACAACUUGAUGGACUAGUUGGGGUUCUUCCUGAUGCCGACAGUAUAGACGAUGCCCUUCGUGAUGCAGCAAAACAGCUUCGAUCAAAAACUACCGCUACUUUGCCGUCAUCCUCAGGAGCAUCUUCUCAACAGAAGAAAGGUCUACAGCGUUUUACCACGCCAGCCAUGCUACCUAUAGGACCUGGCGCUGCACCAUUACCAGCAGCCAUAGAUUCCUCUCCUGAUCCUCGUAGCCUCUCCACUGGCAAUCUCCCUUACACGACCAUCCUCAUUAUUGACUCUGAUCUCUGCAAUACUUCUCCUAUUCCGCCCAAUCUCGUCACGACUCAUACCAUUCUCAUCAUCCGUCGUGGCGGCUGCAGCNUCAGCAAAAAGCUGUCUGCUAUUCCUUCCUUCCCGCCUUCCGCCAAAUCUUUGCAAUUGGUCUUGGUUGUAAGCUUUGGUAGCGAUCAAGAAACACGACCGUUGGUCGAUGAAGUACAGUUGACCCCCAAAGGACUACCAAGACGUCACCCGAUAUGCCUUGCUCUUGUUCCAGGCGGCCAAACUGUAUGGGACACUUUCUUGAGAGGAGCGAGUACAGUUGGUAGUAUUGAUAGCAAUGGUGCUAUCAGUGCUGUGGAGAACAAGAGAUCAGAAGCUUUACAAGCUGAAGCAGGAGCUGCAGGAACACAAGCAAUGGAGACUGGCAAGAAGAAGACCAAAAAGACGAAAACAAAAGCGAAAGGAAAGAAAGAGAUCCAAGAAGUUCCCGGCAUUGGUGUCAGGAGAAGAUAUUAUUUCACCAGCAAUGGUGUACGGAUUAGCAAUCUCAUUGUGACUUGA